UUCAACGUAUACCGUGCACACAGUACGGAGUACUGAGUACCGGGCGAUGACUUCUCAUGAUGUAGCUGCUGCGGCCCGUUCGAACGGUGAAGCCCAAGCCCGACUGGACCUCGGCGCGGUCCAAGAAGCUGGGUGGAAACUAUCCCUCAAGGAAUGCAGGGCGGUUUCAGCGCUUAUUCCAGCGAUGCGAUGGAUAGCGUUCCUCGAGUAGCAUUCCCAUUCGCAUACUCUCAGCUUUUCAAAGAUAGAAACCAAUCCCGCCUCAGAAUCGCUUUUUCUCCCUUCGUUCCGCCCUGCGCUGCCAACCCGGGGAUCCGAUUACAUAAGCCAAGACCGCUGGCUGGCGCCGGCCGUUCCAUGACGACGAUGAUAUAAAAAAAAGCCACGAACAGACAGCAGAGACGGCAGCUUGGGGCUGGUCCUGUGUCGUGGGCAGUGAGCAGCUAUUAUCCACAGCAUUGCUUAUGCAUUGUAUGACUAGACGACUUCACUGUUGAGAAUUGUAAUUCCCCCAGUGUGUUUUGUACCAGCGAAAAUUUCUUGUUCGACAUAUCGAUCUGCUAUCUGUGGCGAAUGGGAAUAGGAUUGGCUACGCUACGAAAGAAAAUAAUAUUCACUUAGGCUGCGUGCAAUAGCUCGUCUCGCCAUGGCUUGUCCCAUCACAGUCGCGAAGUUCGUCGGAACGAUUUCCCUCGGCCUGUUGACCGGUCUAUCAUACUCCGUUUCAACCGUUACAAUCCCCGCUCUCCAGCUUCUCCCUAGCGCGAACACCGCCGCCGAGACUCUCAAUGACAUCCAACUCCGUACCCGCAGACGGGUGCUCACUCUUUCGAACCUUGCCGCUAUCUCUCUCAUCUCAGCCUUCACACUCUCGUCUCCCCGCAGAAAACAUCCGUAUCUCAUCUGGACCAGCCUUUUCGCUCUGAUCGGAGGCACGGGUCUCGAAUUCUGGUACAAUCGCAAGGCCAUGUCCUGGGGCUGUCCCCUCCCAAGGUCGUUGUGCCGUAGCCCCUCCUCCGCCUCCGCAUCCGGACCGUGUCCCCUUAGCUUCUGCUCCUGGAUCACAACCCAUCUCGGCUGUCGCAGGACCCAGGUGCGGAAUGAUCGAAGACGCGAAGAGGAAGAGUCGAACGGCAACGUAAGUGAGAUCGAGAUCGUGGAGGAAUCUGACGCCCUGCCCACGCCUGCCAGAACCACCAGGGAGCAGUCCACAACUCCGGUCGAGCAGGCAGAGAUGAAUGGCGAGAGUGUGAAAGAAAGUAUGGAGCGGGAGCGAAAUAUCCAAAGGAUCAGAUCUUGGAUCGUCGGAGUGGCUUUCUCUAUGGGCGUUGUGGGUAUCUGGGGAGACAGCGCUUAAGGAUGUCGAUAUCGCGUUUCAUCCACUGACGCCGGGCUACCACCAACCCACUGUAUCUCUCACCUGGAUCCGAGUGAAUCAGCUGAUCACUCGAUUUCUCGAGGCCUUUUCUUCUUUUUUAUGAGAAAAACUCUUACCAUUGAUUUGCAUAUAUAUUUCGAGAGGCGAAGGCUAGGUGGUUGGAUGAUAGGCGUAUUUUGCUUGUUCCCGAAUCGUCUACACUUCAUCUCCUUCUCUACUCUUUUCUUUUCCAUUUAUGGGAUCAUCCAUCUUUCGCUUGAUAUGCAACAGGAGGAACCAGAUGGUCGCAGAUAGUUAGAAAGAUCGAAUGUAAAUUUAGGAGCUAACCGGAUAAAAGGCGACGGGCCGGUAUUCUACGAAUCUUUUGUGCAAAUAUGUAUUUUAUUUAUGGUAUAUUAUCAAUUUGCACUGCUUUCCAAAGCACUACUAUCAGCCAGGAUGAGUGAUUUGGGACAUGAAGAAAUAUCCUUUCAUGUUGUUAA